UCAUUUUAUUCAAAACAGUGUUAGGAAUCAGAAUACUGUAUUUAUGUAACAAUUGUUUCAGAGAUAAAAUAAUAUCACAAAGCGGAAAACGUUGAAAUAGAUAAUUUCGACGUUGAAGGUUUCGUCCAUCCUAAACGAGCAUUUCUGUUUCAUUUAUAGUUAAGUGAUCAUUUAGAGAAGAGCGAAAUUGAAAAUUGUACAAAAUGAAUCGAAUAUUCUUUGUAUUAUUUUAUACUUUUAAUUUAAUGGUGAUAGCAUUAGCAAAGUGUACCGUUAACAAUUAUGAAGAAGGAUUUGGGAAUCGAGUGAAGUGUACAAACGAAAGUCUAUCAAAAGCACUGGAUCAAGGAAAUAACGUAGUAGCUGCGAUCUUGAUCAUUCAUUCGGAUAUACGUCAACUCCCAAAAGAUACAUUUAUAAGAUACGCCAAUACUCUGGUGGCUCUGAACUUGCAAUACUGUAACAUCAAGGACAUCGACGACGAUGCUUUCCGUGGUUUGACUUAUAUCCAAAAACUCAGUCUUUCGAGUAAUAACAUUAGCCAAGUGAAGGAUCGUUGGUUCCGAGAACUGAGUUCUUUGCAACAGUUGGAUUUCUCUUAUAAUCAGAUAAAGACAAUCCAACCGCUAGCCUUCAUGGCAUUAUCGAAUCUUCGUAGACUCGAUCUUAGUGAAAAUCGACUCGGAUGUUUGGAAAACAAUGUUCUUCAACCAUUGAGAAGUCUCGACAAAUUACGUUUCCAGGGUAAUCCGUUGACCUUCGAAUGUCGCGCUAAGCUAACUCUGUGGCUACGAGAUCACGGUAUUAAUUACAAGAUCGAUCCGCGUGGUCCAGAAUUCUGGCUGGACAACGUACUUUGGCUCUGUGCCGUGGACGAUUCCAUUCCUUUAGGGGAUAAGAACGAACAAAUGGUGGAAUGCGUCAUUUUGAAUCUUUUCAAUCAAUUACGGACAGUUUGGACGUUACCCGAUUCACCCUCGAUACCGCAACAGUGUUCACAAGCAAGAAAAGAUCUUACGAAAUGUUUGGUCACCGGUGGACAUAAAUCAUUGACAUAUUCUGCUACAAAUGGUGGAUUUAUUAAAAAUUUACUUUUACAGCUUAGAGAAUUAAAAUCGAGCGUUUGAUGAUUCUAUUUCGAUUUUUUUUUUGCUUUUUUUUCAUUAUGAUAACUCAAAUUUUCAAAGUGUAAUUAAUAAUAUUAUUCGAACGUCAUUUGCCUGUCUCUAUUACAGGAUAAUAAAUUUAUACUCUGUCCUUGAAAAGAACAAGACAAAUGAUGUUGUACCAUUUACCGAUCUUAUUAGACAUUAUCGUAGUAUUAAUAUUCUUCUAUGAAAAACUUUCCAGAUAAAGCUAUCUUAUAUUCGUAGAAUUAAUCAUCGUAAUAGAAGUAGAACUUUAUUGAUAGAAAUCCUUGCCACGUGUACUUUAAGAAAUAUCACUUGAUGUUCUAUUAUGUAAAGUAUACUUACGCGAUCAUUCGCUUUAAGUUUUUUUGAAUUGUUGUGUCAUCAAAAAAAGAAUAAAUUUGGUUGAUCUUUUCCUAAAAAUAUAUAUAUGUAUAGAAAAAAAGUAAAUAUUAUCAUUCACAGUAAAAGGAUAGUGGUGGUAUUGAGGAGGGGAGGCCACGAUGACAUUUUGUUUGAUCAAACUGUCGAACGAUAGGAAAUGGGAAAAUACGAAUAGACAGUUCUAUCUAUCAUUUAUUUCAAAAAAUAUACGUCGAAGAAUUUUGAAAUCUUGAGGAAGAGAAAAAGAGACAUG